AACAACAACGAAUUAGACCAAAAGCAAGUGCAUAAUAUAAAAAUAUAAAAUGUACACAAAAAGAAACGACGAGUAAUCGAACGCCAAACCAAAGGGGAUCUUCAGAAACAAAAGCGUUUGAAUGCAAAGCGUUUUGUACAUUCUCUGAGCAAAGUAGUAACUAAUAUUUCGUCGUAUAAAACGCAAUAGUGUAUAAUAAAAACAAAACUAUCCAGCAGACAUUUCAAAUAGCAAUAACAAAGCUGUUGCGAACUGAGACGAAAUAGAAAUACGAUAGAAGUGGGCGAAGAAGCAAUUGCUGCAGUACACUCAAAUACAGAAAAAAUUCUAGCUGUGCAAAGAAUAAACAAAUAGAUAUUUACUAAAAAAGGUCAAUUGCGGUAAUUUCGCUAAAUAAAAAAAAAGUGUGUUAAAUAGUGAAAGUGUACAAGUGUAUAUUUAUAAAACUACCGAAAACAACUAAAUAACAGUAAUUUCGUGUGUUGUUACAGUUUCGAAGGAAAAGCGCAAAAAAAAGAAUAAUUAUGGCUACCUCAGGAUAUCAACUAAAUUUCAAUCAGGAUUUUACUUCGAUUUCCGUUCUGGAUGGUAGCGAUGGUUUUCGUAUCUUCUCCAUUAAUAGCUGUGACAAGGUUGAGGAAAUCUACACGAGCGAUGCCGAGCAUAUUGUCUUAAUGGAACGUCUCUUUAACACCUCACUAGUGGUGAUGGUCACUGCCGAGAACCCGAAUUGCUUGCAAAUGCUGCACUUCAAGAAGAAUCAGAAAAUCUGCAAUUGUGUCUAUCCCACGAAUAUACUCAGCAUACGAAUGAAUCGUACGCGUUUGAUUGCCUGCCUGGAGGAGAGUAUACACAUACAUGACAUACGCGACAUGAAGCGAUUGUACUCCAUUGAGAAUAUUGCACCCAAUGAGUUGGGCCUGUGCUCGCUGUCGCUCAACUCGCAUUUGGCCUUUCCCAUUUGCAGCACCAGCGGCGAUUUGCGGCUGUAUAACGCCUCCAAGCUGAAACCGGGCAUUGUAAUACAUGCGCACGAAAGCCGCUUGUCGGCAUUGAAUUUCUCGCCGAGCGGUCAGCUAUUGGCGACCGCCUCCGAGCGUGGUACUGUGAUACGUGUAUUCUGUGUGAAGACUGGUCAGCGCGUGCAGGAGUUCAGACGCGGUGUGAAACGUUGUGUGCGCAUUGCAUCGUUGGUGUUUGCGGUGAAUGGACAAUUUCUCUGUGUCACAUCCAAUACGGAAACGGUGCACAUCUUUAAAAUCGAUGAAAAGGCUGUGAUGAUGGCACUAGAGGCUGAAGCCUUGAAGGCGGCUAACGCUACUGCUGAGAAGCAGCCGGAAACGUUAUCACCAACGUCGUCGAGUGCUGAGGCUAGCGGUUCAGAUGUCUCAUUAUCGCCGAAUAGCAGCGGCUGGUCCGAAUAUCUCUCGAAGGCGGUAUCCUCGUACCUUUUGCCCACCCAAGUGAGCGAUGUGCUGGCGCAGGAUCGCGCUUUUGCCACUGUGGUGUUGGCGCAGCCGGGCAUACGUCACAUUUGUGGCUUGACGUACGUACAAAAGGAUCUGAAAGUGUUGAUCGCUAGCGAGGAGGGUUUCCUCUACAUACAUGAAUUCAAUGCGGAGGAGGGUGGCGCGUGCAAACUGCAGGCCGUACACGAUUUGCGCGGUGCACUCGAUGGUGUUGUGGAACUGAGUCUCUCCGAGAACAGUGACAAAAUGUCGCCAGGCUCAUCCAAUAAGGAGGCUAGUGGUAGCGGCAAUGUGCCCACCAUAAAUGUCACCGCUGGUAAUGCUACACAAACUGCUAGUAGCACAACAAAAUCUAGCCAACCAACAACAAGUAAAAGUUCAAGUACAAACGCCAGUAGCGAUGCGAAAAGUAAAAAGAGUACCGUUGCACGCUGUAUCAUACAAAAUCCCGAUCCGGUGCCGGACAAUUCAUAUGCCGGCAUACUUAAGGGUAAUCAAAAGCCUGAUCCACUAACAGCAGACUCUGCCAAGUACCGUAAGCUCUGUGAUGCCAUUGAUACGCCAUCUAAACUCUUCGAUGAACGUCAAUUUCCGCCAGUGGCGAUUGCAGCACGCGACUGACCAACGAAACGCGCGCGCAAUGAGGAGAAGCAACUUUAUGCCGUUGUUGAAAGCUUAAAUUUGAAUUGAAUGUAAUUAAUUGUGUUUGCAAAAGCAAAAAUUUUUAAUUGUCUGUGAGGCUUUCGCAAAGGCACAGCCGCAUUAAAAAAAUAUUAAAUCUAAAAAUAUAAUUAACAAUUAAAUUAGCAAAAUAUAAAGCGUAUCAAUUAGCAAAUAAUUAUUAUGUUUAACAACUAAUGUCUUACAGUUUAAUGCAAAAUAAAAACAAAAAAAUCUAUAUAUAUAGUUACACAACUAAUUGUUAGCGCAUACAUAUAUUAUAUACGAGUAUUAAUAUUUAGUUUUAGCAUUUUAAUUCACACACACAUAUGUAUGUAUGUCUGUAAAUUUAUGUAGCAUAAAAGCAAUGCAAACAAUAUUUGUUAGCCAAUUAAGCUUAGUAAGCAUUUACUUAUAUACAAACACACACACACACACAGAGUUAUAUAUAUACAAACAAUAUAAAUAAUUUACUAAACCCUAGCCGGCAUGUGUCUAAAAAUAUUACGAUUUUUAUGCUUUAUACGCUCUCUUUUAAACGAAAUUUAUAUUUAUUUGUGUUUUUGUUUUUAUUUUUUCGAAGUCACCCAAACGAUUUUUUAGUAUUUAAAGUUCAACUUAUUUUUAUUUUAUAUAUAUAAACGUUAUGUUACUAGCUCAAAAUACUCUCGAUAAAUAUUGAUUUUAUGUUUUAAGUAAACUUUUUGUUUAAACAAAAAAAAAAAUUGAAAUUUUAUUUCGAAAUGCUUUCAUUGCUGCUUACACAUAUAUGUUUGUAAUAUUAAAUUGUAUUUAAUUUUUUGCUAUUUUUCAUUUUAACAACAACAACAAUAAAGUACAAUAGCACAUAAUAGCCACAAAUAUUUUAUAUAUAUACAUAGCUACAUAGUAGUGUACAUAACAGAAUUAACGUCCACACUUAGCGACAAUCUCUCAUCCAAAGUCUUAAAAAAGGAAAAGUUUGAAAUGUCUGUGUACGUAUGUAUGUACAGAUAAACGAUUUGUAUGCAGUUAGAUUUGUAAGCGGUGUGUUACAAUUUGUCAAUAAAUAGCUACAGCAUUGAAAGUGUUAAAACCAAGUACCUAAUAAAUAUAUAUAUUUGAAAACAAACAGAAAGAGCUUAUGAAAAAAUGAAAAAUAUAAAAUAAAUAUAUAUAUAUAUGUAUUGUAAACAGUAAUGUUGCAAUUUUAUGUAAUAGUGUGGGAGUGAAACUUUGAGAAAGAAAAAGAAAAAAAUGCAAAAAAGUAUUAUUAAAAAAAAUUAUAACAAAAAUUCAUGGAAAAUGUUAAAUAAAAUAAAAAUAAUAAUAAAAACAAAACAAAAAAUAAUAAAAAUUCAAGUAAAAAGUUAAAUAAAAUUAAAUAAAU